AUGGAUACAAAACCUACGGCACCAGAUAGAUAUAAGCAAUCGCGUUCUUACGGUAGGGGAGUAGAGCGUCGUUCUAGAGACUCGCGCGAAUACAAGUCGGAUGAUUCCAUGCGAAGGUCGAGGAAUGAUUCAAGGAAUAUCGAUUAUCGUGAUCGAAGGUGAGACUAUAUUCACUUUAAUUCAUUUUUGUAUUUAUAAGGCCGCUGAAUGGGAAAAUGAUAUUUUCAUUUAAGUUUCUUUCAUGAGACUUUAAGUUAAAUAACGACAGUAACUCAAAGUAGUGCAAGACUUACCGCCAUUUUAUAAGCAAAACAGUUUGAACUGCAAUCAGUCAAUGAAUUCGUCUCCAUAUCUACAGAGUAUCUUUCAUAACACAGGAUAUAUGAUGAAGAAAUCGUUUACUUUUAGUUAUUUGAACUACAAUAAUUAUUAUAUAAGAUCUUAUUAAAAAAAUCACAUUGUUCUUUGUUAAAUUUUGCACGCGGUGUGCGUCUUUGGAGGUCUAUGCGAAGCUUGCAAUGCAUUUGAAAUAUUAUUAAGCUUAAAUUUUGUCUGUGUUGCCAGGAAUAGAAAGCAAAUCCCAGAGGAUCAAUGCAUAUCACUUUUCCCCUCCGCCAAAAGCAAUUCCAAAGAAAAUGUAACACUUGACAAAACUCCUCAGAACAACAGGAGUAGAUGUGAAAGAAGAAAUCUUCCAUUCAAUCGUUCAACACAGCAUCCAAGUAAAAUGGACCCCGAUGAAGAAUUUCCUCCUCUUGGGGUCCCAAGGUAUGUACGUUAUAUAACUCUACUCUAUCCUUUAAUUUAAAGAGCUGCUUUCUUUCCUUGGUACAUAAUGAUUGUAUAUCAAAAUUAAUGAAAGAAGUUUUGGCCAAAUAACAUAUUCCUUGUUUGAUGGGCUAAGAGGAUUUGCCCCUGUGGCACUUGCAAAAACAGACAGUCGACAGUUCCUCUUGAAAUCAUACGUGAAGGUGUCAUCAUCAGUAAAACCAUCAAAUAAGGCAAAUUUACUGAUUCAUACUACAAUGGUUAUAUUUGAAUCAGAGUAUUCGAAAACGUCUUAGGGCCAGUUAUUUAAAAGGAGUUUAUCCCGUGUUUAACAAAACCAUGUUCUAAGCCAUUUUCAGUUUGCCCAACGGUUUUGUCUAAACACCAUUUGCGUGAACAAUUUUGAUAAAGCAUAGAGCAUAGACAGGAAAAGCACUUAUUUUCUUUCUUUUUUUUCUUUUCCUUAACUAAACCACGGCCUAAGUUAGACUUUGUUUAAAAAGAUAUACCCAUAANCCUGUGGCACUUGCAAAAACAGACAGUCGACAGUUCCUCUUGAAAUCAUACGUGAAGGUGUCAUCAUCAGUAAAACCAUCAAAUAAGGCAAAUUUACUGAUUCAUACUACAAUGGUUAUAUUUGAAUCAGAGUAUUCGAAAACGUCUUAGGGCCAGUUAUUUAAAAGGAGUUUAUCCCGUGUUUAACAAAACCAUGUUCUAAGCCAUUUUCAGUUUGCCCAACGGUUUUGUCUAAACACCAUUUGCGUGAACAAUUUUGAUAAAGCAUAGAGCGUAGACAGGAAAAGCACUUAUUUUCUUUCUUUUUUUUCUUUUCCUUAACUAAACCACGGCCUAAGUUAGACUUCGUUUAAAAAGAUAUACCCAUAAUGUCACAAUAGAACUAUACAAAAUUAUCAUAACUUAGUGAUUACAUGGAUUGUCUUCCAAAAAGAUGAUGCAGCCUAACCUCUCCUUACGGAUACCUUUUUAACACGGACACCUCUCUAUUAGUAUAGGUAAUAGCAUGAUUAGUAUUGAUAUUUGGCAUAAAUACCACGAGAGAUAUUUCAAAAUUGUUAUACGUAAUUUCACGAGCCGUUAGGCGAGUGAAAUUUGAAACAAUUUUGAAAUAUCACGAGUGGUAUUUAUGCCAAAUAUCACGUACAAAUCAUGCUAUUAUUUGUUUAUACUACUACCCGCAAAAGAUUUGUAAUUUUCACAUGUAGGUAUUUCAAAUUAAGCUGAAAUACUACUGCUCUAAGCCAAUCAAAUUGCAGUAAUUUCUCAUGUAGUAGUAUUAUGGACAGUAAUUACAUGUAUUUAGAUCAGUCUGGAGAAUUUGUAUGCAGGUUUCGGGUUAAAGGAUUAAGAGGAAGCUUUAGAGAGCCAAGAGCUCUGAAUGUAUAAAAUCCAGCAUGUCUGGCUUUUAAGGUUUGAGGAAAAAAAAAGAUUUCCUUGUGACGUGGGGCAAAGUAAGUAGUUCAGGGGCCACUUGGUACUGCUGGUAGUAGAACAUGCCGCAAUAGACCUUUUUACCGACAAGGUGGCCAUUUUGAAUUUAUUAGAUUUAAUGAGUGUUAUGGGAUGCCUAGGGGGCAUUAGCAUGAUCCGAUAUACUCGUUCAGUAUUUACACGCCCUUUAAGUUUUCCUAAAAAAAGAUUGUUGUGCUGUGUUUGGAUGUAAUGAUGCAGUGAAGUUCUCUUUUUGCCCAAAAAGCAAGCAUAAAGACUGAGUCAGAGCCCCUGUAUCAGUAAAAUGGUCUAUUAUGACUCCACCUUUUUGGUGUGUAUGAAUUUGUGAUAGUCUGAGAGUUUCUCUUAAAUAUUCUAGUUAACAACAUUCAUUUCUGAAUGUUAGUGUUUCUUUAAUUGCACAGUAUUACUCCAGAAACUACCAAGGACUGGGGAACUAUGGUUGAAGAGGAAGAAGCAAGGUCACAAAAAAUGCCAAAAACAUAUGGCAGGUAAGAUAGUUUAUACUAAUUCUCCUCUAAACCAUUAAUGCAAUAAGACCACCAUUAUGCAAGUGUUUUAUUGUUAGCUUUUAAAAUAAUGGUAAUUUAGCUGUAAUUUUCUUUACCAUAAAAAAAAUCAUGUACCUCUAUCAGUGCCAAGUGAUGAGAGCGAAGUGCAGGAGACAUGGUCAUAUGAUCUUGCCUUAUCAUAUUUUAUCCAUUUUCUCUAUUCCUUUUUCUUUUGUAGCUUAGUUUCUCAUACCUAUCCAUGCGUUCACCAUUACUCCACAUUUAUAAGACAAAUAAAUUGUCUGUUAUUCAGGCUAUUCUAGGUGUGCUUCUGACUGUUAGCAAACCUGGUCCUGAAUCAGGCAUACAUCAACCAAGUGUUCCUUGUAAGACUCGUGGGAAUGGUUGAGAACUGAUUCUCACUUUCACCAAGGCCACACAUUGGGCAAAGUGUCAGAUGUAACCAUUGUAUGAUCACCAAUAUUGUAAGCUUUCUGAUGGCACUGUGAUGAAAAGAUCAAGCAUUAAAGACUAGGGGUGUGGAAUGGUCAACAGAAAAUGAUGUGUCACAGAAAAUAUCAGACGAGUCUUGAGAUAUCGGCAUUUGAAAUUAGAGUCUCGGAAUCUCAGGCUCGCUACAAAUUGAACCGUUUCAAAGUGUGAAAAUUUAAAUUUUGGAAUCUUGAAAUUUGCACUUGAUCUUAACUUGCUUCCUGAAAGAUUCAUAUAUUCCCUUUGAGUUUAUCUUCAGUUUUUAGACAUUUUGUCCGUACCAUUAACUCUACAUUAAUUUUGUGGCACUUACAAAGCUGUGCUCUAAGGAAAAUUGAAGGGAGCCCAGUGCUCUAAAACUGUAAAAUCUAGGGUGCCCAGCAUAUGAUUUCUAUGAAAAAUCUCAGAUUUUCUUGUCGCCCGAGGGCAAAAGUUAGGUACCAGGGGCCACUGGGCUCUGCUAGAGCACAGCCCUGCACUUAUAAGAAUCGUAUUUGAUAAGAAGGCUCAAGUCUUGGUCUUGGUCUUGCAGUCUUGGGAAGUAUUGAAUUUACCAUUCUAUACCCCUAAAAUAAUGAGGUUAUGCUGCCUCACAAAAUGACCUUUAAAACUACAGGUGUUGAUUUGUACCUACUGUCAUUCCUACUGUAGGUAUAAAAGAAGAUUGAUACUUUCAGAAUCCCAGGACAAUAACACACUGAAACAUACUAAACCCGUCAUGGUGGAUGACCACAAACUCAUCCAAAGACAGAAACAGAUUGACAUUGGGAAGAAUACUUUAUCAUAUGGACGAUAUAUAGAAGCAGUGAAAAGGUAUUGAUUUGAUAACACACAGUUAACCAGCACCCUAAUUGAUACAUGGGCCUGGUGUUGAGAAUCAGCCAAGCUUUCAUAAUCAAUCAUCAAAAAUAUCAGAUUGACCCAGCUGAUCAACCAUUGAUUAUUACUAGAAGAAACUCUUUAUAAAAUUUCCAAAGUCAAAGUGAUAUAUUUUUCUUGAAGUUUUACUGUGGACCACUUUAAUUUAUUUAACCUAUUUGCCCCUGGAAAUUUUGUCAAAAUAUGCGCUUUGAAGCUGGUCCUGCAGUUUUAUGGUCACUGUUGUGCUUUAAAGAGCUAAAAAUAUUACCAGAAAGUCAUUUACAGGUCAUACACUUCACAGCCUUCUGAUUCAGAUGUAAAAUAUUAACUUGCAAAGUUUGGGUAUGUGCAGAAAGCAAAAUUUUGAGAUAGUUUUUGGGUUUUAAAGUUAAAAGUUGUAAAUUUUCAGGUCAAUGUUACAUGGUUUUUUGCCUUUUUCUCUGGUGUCCUUGACUGAAUUGAGCUCAUUCUGGUAUGAUUUGAAAGAUUUCUUCACUGCCCUGCACAAGUUAGUGGCAAAGAUGUCCUUGACCAUUAAAGCUGAUGACACCACAAUUGGUUGAAGGGACCUGGAUCCCCAUGGGUGGUAAUACGAGUGGCUGAUCAGGGGCAAAUGGGUUAAUCAAAAAAGUUAAAAAUCGCCUUUUGUGGGUUUUUUUCACCUGAUUUUCCUUGAAAUUACUAGCCUGUGUACAGACGUCCCCCCUCCCUCAGGAAAAAAAUCGGGAGAGGAGACGUCUGUGAAUCGCCGUCGUUAAUCAUGUUCCGGUAUACAUUUGCAUAAAUUAUUUUUUUGUUCUUUCGCUGACAGUUGAAAAGGCACAUGUAGGUCGAAAAAUAGCUCUGCAUGGCGUCUGUGCACAGGCUAGCCGAACAUCUUCACGCAAUGUCCACCCAAAAAUCCAGAUAUAAGAUCUCUGAUUACAGUGAAGCCAGGUCAAGCGUACCUCCUAAGAUCCUAUUUAUUAUUCGAAAGUUGAACUGUUGGUAGUUGUAGAUUUCAGAUUCAUCUCUGUGGGCAUUCUUGCAUGCGUAAUGAGCCGUGAAUUCACACGCGAUUCAGUUACGAAAUUUCUACCAGCCCAGUUUCCCUGAAUUUGAUGUAAAUGUCUUCUAAGACAUUUAAUCCAUUCAAAGAUUUUCAAUCUGACCAAAUGCAGAGAAGUUCUCUCAAAAUAUUCACUGCUCAUUCGGCAUAGCCUGAAAUUCAUCCGAUUGCUUCGAGUCGUUUUCUCCUCUCAACAACUGAGGGAGUAAUAACGACUCGAAGUAAUCAGAUGAAAUUCAGGCUACAUUCAGCAUAGAGGAAUGCCGAUUUAAAUUUGACACCAGUUACGGGAACGAUUAAAGGAUUCAUUUUUUCAAAUAAUCAAUUCAGUCAUAGAAUCUUUUUGGGGUAAGCUUGACCUGCCUUGGCUGUUAACGUUGGAUUUUGUAUGCCUUCUAUUUUAUUUACAAUACCGACCAGUACAGACAGAAGCAUCCGCAACCGGUGCAGCAAACAUCGGUGGUCUUAACUUUUCAUGCCUUUACGAGAAAGCCGAAAUACAAAUACCGGUAAACAAAUAUCCACAAAGGCUGAGCUUGUCCUCGGGGAAUCUAUUCUGAGGUUCAUUCACCAAUCACAACACCGGAAACUAUUUGCGUCAUGGCAUUAACAUUACAACCAAUCAGAGGCUGUCCCCAACAUUCUGGGGAAACGGGAACACGAUUAUCGUCGGCGAUUCACAGACGUCUCCUCUCCCGAUUUUUUUCCUGAGGGAGGGGGGACGUCUGUACACAGGCUAUGAAAUUACCAGAUUUGGUUGUUUUAUGCUGAAAAGUGGAUUUUUCUGAUAAAGCUUGGUACUUGCUUAAUCCAUUUACCCCAGAAAUUUAGCUGAAAAACACACUUUGAAACUAGUCGAGCUGUUCUCUGGUCACUGUUGUACUUUAAAAGAACUAAAAUAUUACCAUAAAGCCAUUUACAGGUCGUACACUUUGUGUUCUUCUGAACCGGAUGCAAAAUAUUAGCUUGGUUUGAAAGAUCUUUUCACUCCUUGUGUAGGGUUUGAUUACGUCUAUGACACAGGCUAUUAAAAGUCAGGCGCUGAUUGAGAAUUGUUUAUAUCAGAAAUCUGCUAACAAGCAGCCACUGUUUUGAGACUCAAAGAUCUGACUGCUUACAGUUUACUAAAACUUAUUAAUCCUACAGGGAUGACCGAACAAAAGAGGACCCCAAGACACCUGACAAGUUUCAAGUGUGCAGCACAAGGUCUUGGGUGGGUCAGAUCAAGGUUUGGCGUCGAAAACUUCAUGUCUGGGACCCACCUUCAGCUGAAGGACAGGAAGACUUGUUUUCUUUAUCAUCACAGAGGUAGUCAGUCACUACUCUAUAGCCAUCAGUUCUUAAACCAUGGCAUUUUAAUAACAUUACUUUGAAAGGUUUGAACCCAGGAGUCAUUUCAUAAGUUGAGUAUGAUUGUCUGGGUGAACGUAGUCUUGAAUAGGACUGUUGUUGUUGACAGUGCCUGACUUUUUGACAACCUGUGUGGUUAUCAUCCUCAGAGUCAUUAUGAGGUGUAUCACAUCAGUUAAUGGUAUUGAACUCUUGUUAUUGACCUGAUUAGUCAAUUAAGUCGUGAUGUUAUUGGUCAUCUGUCAGUUGAGCCGUGAUGUUAUUGGCUGUGAAGACUCGUAAUGUCAUUGGUGUGUUCAAAAACCAAAUGUCAGAUGGACGCCUGGUUGACCACUACCUAGGCUAGGCUGAUGGUGUUCAAAGCUGUGCUCUAAGGAAAAUAUGAAGGAGCCCAGUGCUCUGAAGCUGUAAAAUCUAAUGUCCCCAGCAUAUGAUCUAUAUGAACAAACUAUCAUUUUCCAGUCACCUGAGAACAAAAGUUGAGUUAUAGGGGCUACGGGGCUCUGUUAGAGCACAAAUCGUUGAUGGUGCAACUAAAGAAUUUCUGGUGGACAGUCAGCCGAUGUCAGAAAAAGGCUUUUCUGGCAAUGCUUUCCUUUUGUACCAUUAAGUUCACCAAUUCACAAAUAAUUGAUAUUAAUAGAAAUGUUCAGUUUGUGCUAUCACUAUAUUUUCUUUAAAAAAAACUCCCAGGCCAGUAUUAAUAUCAGUUCUUUUUCAAGGCCCUGGAAAACUCCUUAAAAAUUCUCCCUGGUUUAUAGAUAUUUUUGGAACACUCCAGGGAAUUUUAAUAUUCUUGAUUGUGGAGGCAUUGAAGAAAUUAAUUUGUUUAUUUGUGUAUUCAUUCAUAUAGUUUUUCAUUGGAAUUUAAGCUUCAUUUUAUUGACAGUUCUGAUUCCAGGAAUUUGCACAUCUGUACUCUUGAAAACUCCUAGAAUUUUUUUAUCUCCUUUUUAAUGUAUCAAUCCUAAAAAGACAAUUUUGGAAUACAAGUACAUUUUUCUUAGAUUUGCAUUUGAAUUAGCCUGCGCACAGACAAAACUAAACUCUGUUAACCAAAAAAAAAAGAGUUAAUUACUUUUGUCUGCUCACGGGCUACAUUUGAAUAGAGUUAUGAAUGGAAAUUACAGGUAUCUGAAGUUUGUUACUAUUUACUUGCUUUUGCAGUAGUCUCCAGUCUUUUGCAAAUGAAGUCAAGAUGGAAGUGGAUAGUAACUGUGAUGCUGAUGAUGACAUGAUGUCAACCUCAACUCCAAGCAGUGUUGAUGAUCUGUUCGGCGACUUUGACAUUGAUGCCUGUCUCGCAGAUGAUGGAUUACCUCUUUAG